CUAUUCGGUCAUAAUACAUUUCAUUCUCCAGUUAGAAAUUGCCAUCUGUGACUGUCAGUCGAGAGGCCAAUUAAGCAAACACUUAACGGCUAAGCAAGCUAUUGCCCGUCCCGUGAUUUCCCCUGCUCCAGAUGCGUUAAUAGCUUAUUCUUCCCCACCAGUUUUUACCCAUUAUACCCUCCUACCAUAUUACCAUAUUAUCGCACUUCUCCUGUCUAGAAGGUCAAUCUAGUAAUUGCAUUUAUUUAUACCAUAGAACCUCUUCAUGGAUUAGAAUUAUAAAUGGGCGCAAACAUCACAAUGUCCCUCAGAAUCCUAAACAAAACCCGUUUCUUCUCGAAAUUGCCCUUUACACCCUUGAAAGAACCGAGAUGGCCUCUCCCCUUGAAAUAGAGGUAACCCUCUCCUCCGCCGAAGCCCUCAAAAACGUCAACUGGCGCCACGGCCCCAUCAGGCCAUAUGUCGUCGUAUGGGUUGACCCGAAGAAUAAGUGUUCCGCUAAAGUGGACGAGGAGGGUGACACGUGUCCCAUAUGGGACGAAACUCUAGUCAUUCCUCUCCCCGGUCCCAUCUACGACGACUCCACUCUCUUUGUCGACGUCGUCCACGCCGGCUCCGAGGAGGACACCAAGCCUCUCAUCGGCUCUGCUAAGCUCAAGCUCCGGGAUGUCCUCGACGAUGCUGGCUUCGGACAACGCCACAAGAAAACGCUCCAUCUGAAGCGACCAUCGGGUAGACCCCAAGGAAAGUACCUUAAGGUUUUGAUCCGAGAGCCACGCUAUUAUGCGCGUGAUCCCUACCAUGCACCUCCCUACGGGGUCCCACCACCAGCUUCUAGAGACUAUCCUGCUCCGCCUGCUUAUGGUUACUCGUACGCGCAGGCGCCAUCGCCGCAAAAUCCUUACUACAACGUAGCCCAGCCAGCUGGCUACCCUAACAGUGCGUACAAUUAUAAUGCUCAGCCGGCGUACGGUCACUCGUACGGCGAGGGAAGCGGUGCGUAUUACGGGCAAGAGGAAAAGAAGAAGAGCAAGUUCGGAGGGAUGGGAACAGGAUUGGCUGUGGGUGCGGUUGCAGGGGCUUUGGGUGGGCUGGCGUUAGCGGAGGGUGUGGAUGCGCUGGAGGAUCAUUUCGAAGAUAGUGCGGAGAAAGUUGAAGAAGAUCUCGGAUACGAUGAUGGUGGUGAUGAUUUCUAA